GUAUGCUGAAAUGCUUGAACGUAUUUUCGAUUAUUUUUACUUAAAAAUAGUCAUCGAUUAUCAGUUUAUUUGAUAAUCGCUGCAUCAUAACGGUUCUUCUAAAAAGUGUUGGGCACAAGUGCUAGUGUGCGUAAUAUUUCCAACUUCAUGAGCAUAUGUACAUAUAUGUUCUUGUCCACGGACUCAAAUGUGUUAAAAGUGUGUGUAUUUGCCCGCCAUUGGACUAAAAAUCCGUUUACAGAUUCUAUUUAUUUGGUGAAACAACAUUUUUGAGUGCUGUGGUUUGCUACUAUUUUUUUAAAUUGGAAGUUGCGGUUGACGUAAAGUUGCAGAGAAAAAGAUGUAUUCCCUCGUGCGGAUUGCAGAAAGUAUGCAGAUUCUGGAGUCCAAGAAUUUACAGUGGACAGGACGCUACACAGCUCUCUACAGAGAGAAAGGCACUCAGGCGUUGGCUUUCGUAAUAGCCAAAAGCGCUUCACCUUAUGGCAAGACCAAAAGGCGUAGGUGGACUGUAAGCGAAAAAGAUGCUGUAUUUUCCCAAUUUGGCGACAUUUUGCUGCUGGAAAAAUUACCAAGCACAAGCGAAUGUUUAUACGCAGUAAGAAAGUAUCCAUCACUUCAAGAGAGAACACCACAGCAGCUGAAAGCUUACAUUUCAAACUGCAGAAAAGUAGACAAAGAGGGUAAAUGUACUGAAAAAAUAAGAAAAUCAAAAUUAAAGGAAAUAUCGGCUCGUAGACCAUAGCCAUGAAACCCAUUAAUAUAUAUACUAUAUUGUAAUUUUUUUAUACUAUUUUAUAAUUUGAGUUAAACGGUUUUUUCAGUUAAAAA